AUGCUCUCUUGGUCCCCUGUCUGGAUGGAGCUACAGCCAGGGCCUGCACGCCCAGGUAAGACAUGCCAUCUGUAUGCAGGGCGCAGUGCAUGUGGCAAGGUGUGGUGAAGUUGCAGAGACUGUGCUCACUUUGCAGCUGGCAGUGCCGCAUUACACACUGGACUAUGGGACAGUAGCAUCUCUUACUGAGCAACACAGGCAAAGCAUCAUGGGAGUUGUAGUUCUACAAUAAUAGGGGUUCCCUUGUAUGUGGGAGCAGGGGUUAAGUUGGACAUGUUCCCCCUCCCCUCCAUACGUUGAAUUAUCUGUAAGUCAGUCCAACCCUUAUUAUUCUGGCACAAAUGUGAAUCCCAGGAGCUUUAUUGUAAUUAAAACCUCCAGUUUAUUAAGCUUUACUGGCUCCUAAUGAGGACAUGUUCCACUCAUUAGAUCUCCCAUGGUGUGUCCGCACUCCAUCAGAAAUUGAGGGGGUCAGCGCAAUGUGUACCGUCUGGCGGGGCCCCUGGGGUGGGUGUACAUGUACAGGCUUGGACUAUGGCUAUUGCCAGUCAUUUUAAUAGGGCCCCCUAACCUGACAGGUCCCUCAUGAUGGUAACAGAUGGACCCCCUCCCUAGAUAACCACAGUCAUGCCCAACCCUCUUUGUUCUAUCCUUUUGUUUGGCUUUUAGCUGAGUUUAUUAACAUUUUUUAUCAAUUUUCCAAAGGAAAAAAAGAAGCCAAGAAUAAAUUGUGGGGAAAAAUAAAUAAUAAUCAUAAGCAAUAAAGAAGAAGAAAGGUAAAUAGUUGUCGGUGAGAAAUGGGGGGGUGCUUGGAAGCCUGUAAGUUACAGAUGGUCGGGGGCCAUGAAGGCUGAGAACGUUACAGUUAGACAGUCGGUGGUCCCUGAGUUCCAUGUUUUCUAGCCGGGGGUCCCAAAGAUAAAUAACUGGGAACUAGUUUAGGUGAUAUUCCCUUGUUCUGGUUGGGGGGGCACUGGAAUGGUAAUUUGCUCAGAUUUGUGGUCUCUGGGUGACAGCGACACUCGGAUUCUGGGAUUGUGACAUUCAGACAGAUAUAAAGCUGGGAGGCACUCAGUGUAAGUUUGUAAAGCAGUCUAAUCCAUCCCCUCUAAUCCCCAGAGCAGCUCUGUUAGCGUCCGCUGAGCUGGGGUGGGGGUGUAUUAACCAUGUGUUCCAUUAUCACAUUCCCCCAGGAUUAUUAUAUAAUCCUCACAUACAUGGCAUCUAUAGGGUGAGCCAGUAAAGCACAAUAAACACAAUAUACAGCACUCUGUGCCACAUGCCGAUUACAUCAGUCACCGUGCUGUGUGAAAAGCAUCCUAAUUAAGGAGGUGACUGAGGCACAGGGUCCCCAGGGAGAGUCACGUGGCGUGUAAGACAGAGGAAGAGUCAGCCAUGGCAAUGGUGCCAUUACAUGCACACAUCUGCGUUCUGUGCCACGCGGAGCAAGAUGGGGUCAGGGUAGGUAUACGGGUAAUUUUUGGGGAGGACAGUAUUGGAAGAACAUUGGAUUUUGUAUCGCACUGAAAUCCAAUAACCAUCAGAGCUUACAGUCCAAAUGGCAGAAUAGAAGAAAUGAACCGUUUAUAAAUAUAGAAAAAGAUUUUCUUAGUUUCACACCAGAUUUCAAGAUAUGUAUUCAUGUACAUCUGGGAAAUAAGUGGAAAACCAGCAUUGACGGGUUUGCAGAAUAUAUUCUGAUCAUUUUUAGAUCAGCCCUUUCCUCAAGGCCCUCCAACAGUCCAGGAUUUAGACAUUUCCCAAUUCUCUAAUAGGAUUGUGUGUUAUAGUAAUAAGGAAUAUCACUAUAUCAGACUGCAUUGGGAAGCACUGUUAGAGCUGAUAAUGGAGUCAGUAACGGAGUGAGACACAAAGUGUUAAAGUGAGAGGUCUAUUCACAUCACAUUAUAUUGGUCUCGAGUGGCUGCUGGCUAUAGGUUGAGGCUGUGUGUUAUAGGCACAGGGGUAAUAUAGGAACCCAAGUGUGCAGUAAAUAAAGUGCCAGAACAGUACAAAAUGCAUUAUUUUAUGUUUAACGGUCACUGGUUGUGCUUUGAUAAAGAGGCUACAAGAAAGGGUUUUACUUUAACAUAUGUUGUUGUAUAGACAGAGCUGAGUAAACUCAGAACCAGAUCUUUUAUUUUCAGUAAAGGUUCAUUGGCGCCUGUCGGUAGAGUCAGAGGACGGAUGGAAACGCAGCCAAAAAAAAAUAAAAAUAAACAACACACCUAAAAGUAAAAAAUAUAAUUUACUACAAACAUUUUUAUAUGGGAUAUUUUCCUUGUGGAAACUUUUCAUACAUCUCAUUGUAUAGCUAUAAACCAUGUUAUAACAUUAGCUAUAAAAAUACAAGACAGAAUGUAGAGUCUCAGAAUUGGGGUUCUCAGUGGAAUGCGGUUCAUGUUACUAGAGGGGUGAACUACACCUCAAAUAUAAAUGGUAACGAUGAUCAAUUUCUUAGAAACGGCAGUGUCUUCAUUGCUGCUUAGUUACACCGUCAGUGACAGUUACUCACACAGCCACUAGAGGUGCUUCCUAUCUCAUUGUGCAGCACCUACAUCCAGCGACUCUCCGCUCUGCAUGCAGACUCUGAACGUUCCCAUAGACAUGCAUUGAUUCAUGCAUCUUUAGGAGGAGAUGCUGAUUGGCACAGAACGGCUUUUUGCUGCGCAUGCGCAAUAGCCUCCCAAUGCUUUCCUAAUAGAAAGUUUUGGAUUGGCUAAGAUCGUCAAGAUUGAUGAUCUCAGCCAUGGAGACGGGGACGGCCGCUACAAGGGAGAAAAGGUGAAAUACCUUUUCACAUCGAUCACCUAAACAGCCAGUUCAGGACUAUAGUGUUUGAAUACCUAACACUAAUGUGUCCCUUUAAGGGAUGAAUACUCAAUGUGAUGUGUGGAUCUCAGGUGUUUUCAGUGUGUGAUUAUAUGUUUACUGUCAGAAACUAGAGGAGGACAUGUUUUUAAGUCCAAGUAGAGGGUAAUUGGUUCCAAUGGGUCAAGAAGUGGAGUCGGAAUGGGGUCAUGAAAUGUUGCUUUGAGUCCAGAUUUGUCCAAUUCACACUGUACUUUACAGACCAUGUUCUCUUUCACAUUCUUAUAAAAAACUAAUUCUCCUUUCUCUGAGUGUGUCCAGAGCAGAGCAGAGAUGGCGGGAGUAUUAGCAGCUCCCAUCCUGCGGCCCCGGCCGAGGUAACUGUUCAAGAACCUCAACAAUCCGUGACAGUCGAAGAGGAGUCAGGAGCCCUGGUACCUACCUCUGGACUCUUGCAGGUCACAGAAAGGAGACGUAAGUAACCGAAACCUUGGUUAUCACCUCUACACCAUUUGUUCUGGUGUAUCUCGAUAUGAAAGAUCUAAACAUUCUGUUCACAUCCUAGAGCCACUCUAACGGGUUUCCCCAUGUCCCUAGCAAACCACAACUCCUAGGAAUCAGGGACAUUAAAAAAAAUUAGUUUAUUGACAGAUGGGAAGGAUCUACAGCCCUUCUCUUUGCAGUUUAUUUUUUCCUAACAUUGGAGUUUUUCAAAAGGUCUGCUAUUUGUCCUCCAUCUACAGAACCCCUAAGCAGUGUAUCUUCACUUGAAGUCCAUUUUGACCUCUUGGACCUGACGGAACUCACAGAUAUGUCUGACCAGGAACUGGCUGAAGUGUUUGCAGACUCAGAUGAUGAAAAUCCACAGAAUGAGCCUCCUCCAGGUAAGAGAGCUUCUAAACCUAGAACCUAAACAGAUUUAGACAACAUUAAAAGGGAUCAAGAGACGUUCACACAGUCGCCAAGACUUCAUGCGUAUUAUUGUAUAAACAAGAAGCUUAGACAUAAAAUGUAUUCUGACUAUAAUUUGCAAUAUUUUUAUGAUGUAAUAGGUGCAUAGGUGUUCAGGUUACUGGGCAGAUAACCAUUCUUUUUAGAAGGGUCAAAGUAAGGUGGGAUCACUUUAUGUAAUGCCACUAGUCAGUCUCUCCCCAACUGUUUAUUUGUAGGUCUGCAGUUGCCCCCACUCCCUCGAGCUGGGUAUCUGCGAUCUCCUUCAUGGACCAGGACAAGAGCAGAAAGAGAAAAGAAACAUCUGAGUGACUCCGAACUCCAGGGCGGCCUGCUGGAUGCCUUCAUCGCUGCAGAAAGAUCCAAAGAAAACUAG